GAAUGGAAUUUGAUAGGCAAGCACAUCUAUCAAAAAGAACAAUAUCUCAUGUCAUGCAUUCAUUUCAUUCUUUGUUUCAAAAUUGGAAUUAACAAAAUUUGGGCAAAACCUUACACAAACGACAAUAACAGUUUGUUACAAUGACAUAGAAAUUGAAAUUCUUCCCAAAAUUCACACUUUCAUAUUCAACCUUUCAAUUUCGAAGCUGCAUCAAUGGCAGACGCGUUCUUCUCCUUCUUCGUCCUCCUCCCUCUCAUCCUCCUCCCAAUCCUCUACUUCAUAGUCCGCCCCCGUCCAGUUAAGAUCCCAAUCGUCAACCGUCACGUCUUCAUCACCGGCGGAUCCAGCGGCAUCGGCCUCGCCCUCGCCCACCGCGCAGCCGCGGACGGUGCUCGCGUCUCCAUCAUGGCGCGAUCGUUGACGAAGCUGGAGGAAGCUAAGAGCUCCAUUAAGCACGCUACGGGAAUAGAGGUGGCGAUAUUUGCGGCGGAUGUGCGGGACUAUGAUGAGGUGAAGAAGGCUGUUGAUGAAGCGGGGGCUAUUGAUGUGUUGUUGUUGAACCAUGGAGUGUUCUCUGCGAUGGAGCUGGAGAAAAUGGAGUUGAGUGAGGUGAAGUCUACGUUGGAUAUUAAUUUGAUGGGUUGUUUUAAUAUGAUUAAAGCGGCUUUGCCUGCGAUGAAGAAUCGGAAGAAUGUUUUGCCUGCUUCCAUUGCUAUGGUUUCCUCGCAGGCUGGUCAGGUGGGAAUUUAUGGUUAUGUAGCCUACUCGGCCAGUAAAUUUGGCCUCCGUGGUUUAGCAGAAGCAUUACAACAAGAGGUUAUAGGAGAUAAUAUUCAUGUCUCUCUGAUAUUCCCUCCAGACACGGAUACUCCUGGACUUGUAGAAGAAAAUAAGAAAAAACCAGAGCUCACCAAAAUCAUUGCAUCCUCUUCUGGUUUUAUGAAAGCCGACGAAGUUGCUAAGAAAGCUUUUGAUGGCAUAAGACGUGGCAGUUUUUUCAUUUCUUGCAAUAUGGAGGGUAUCGCGUUAUCCCUAGCAACUUCAGGUUUAUCCCCUCAGAGGUCAUUCUUAAUGGCAUUUGUUGAGGUCAUUACUGCUGGAAUACUACGUAUUGCAGCACUAUGUUUCCAGUGGAACUGGUACGGAAGUAUAGAAAAGUGGCACCAACAAAGGAAGUGUUCACCUGGAACUGAAAGCAGCUGAUGCACUCUGAUAUCUAUGCUCUGUUUUAGGAGGGUUAAAUGCAAAACAAUUAAUGGGAUGCGGGUUUCGUCCACUCUGCUCUACAAAAUUAAUUUGGCGAAUCUUAAAUGACUGUUGACAAGAACUCCAUACACCUUUAGUUAUUCAACUUUGUGGCUUGUGAUUUUCAUCUCCUCGUAUUUGAUAGAAAGUAUGUGGUCUAUCUCGCUGACUCUGUUUUCUUUUCUCACAGCAUUGUAAAGUAAAUGAAACGAUUUGCAAUUUAGCAUCCUAAUUUUUGAACCAUUUUCCCUGUCUAAUUUUAACCAUAUCGAUUCUGGGCUCAAGUGUUUUCUAUUAUGCUUUCUAGUUCUAUAAUCUCUAUGCUGUUUUACUUUCGUUGGUGGAUUCAUUAGUAGUUAUUAUAUGUUUAAAUCAUGUACUAUUUGAAGCAUGAUGAAGAUUUCCUCUUGUGAGUUAUUUUGUUCGUUUAUAUGUUUGGAAGGUACAGUCUGGGUUCCUUGCAUCAAACAUAUCAUUUUUCCUCAUCUGUGUUUGUAGCACCUAAAAUUUAGGUUUAGCAGAAGAUCUUUGACGGGACUGUGCUUGUUGACUAUAUGGCUUGACUUUUUUAGCUAGCUGUCAAUGUAAUUUUUAGGCACCAGACAUAGGAGUAUGAUGUAGUCGAUGGUUUUAGAAGUUCUGUUUUAGUGAAAUUUUCACUAUAAUGUA